CUCACCAAUCAAUAUGAGAAUAAUUCUUGUGGGCAGAAAAUUGUAAAGGUUUCCUGAAAUACGAAAGAGUUCUAGAUUUACAUCUUCUACAAGUGUAUAGAGAUUGAUCGAGAACCAGGGUUUCCAAUCGGAAAUCCAUCCUUUCCGACGAGGAGGUUUCCUCGCGAGAAACCCACGCACACAUUUCCCCUCUCACAAUCGCAACUAGGGACCAGAGUGAGUUGGCCGAUUUUAUCUCUCUAGAAGUGCAUCGUUGGGAAUCUGUUCAUUAUUACUGUUCAACUCGGGACUUUGAUUUCCAAAAUUUCCCAAGUUUUUCCUUGUGAUUUCUCCAAUUUCUCAGUGUUUCUUGGUCGAUUUUAAGGGGUUAUCGUUAUCUAUUUUGGAUACAAUUAACGGGUCUUGAUUUUCCAAAUAUCAUUGGUGUUGCUCAGGUAAUAAGAUUAUUAUUUUUUCAAAUAGUGAUCAAACAUUGGUUACUUGUCAUCUUAUUUAUAGUGUACACCCUAUCAUCUCCAUGAAUUUAGAUCAACCUUACAUCAGGUGGGAAUCAAUAAGAAACUUUGCCGUGUUUAACCAAGUGUGCCAUUUUUAUCUAGGAAUACUAAGUAGUAAUCAACCUAUCUUGAUUCAUGUUGUGUUGGUUUUUCACAAUGACAAGAAAAACUGGAGGCGGUCCAUGAGUAAAGACCGCACGCUAAUCAAUCACCUGCCAUAAUCUCCAUAAAUUUCUUAUUGAUGGGGCAGUGACAUUUGUCAAUAAUAUUGGAAAUGCAUCACAAUCUUGCUGCAUAUGAUUAACUAUAUAACCUGAAUAAAUAUUGGAAUGCAAUAAAUAUCCAAUUCUGAAAAAUUAGAAGUUUACUGUAUUUUAAGAUAUGGAACUUUUCAAUUCAAAUUGCUUGAAGAAGCUUGCAAACAAAUAAUUAUCCAUUUAGAAACCAAACCAAGUAAAACAUACUUCAAACAAUAUUUCCAUGCCUUAUAUAUGCCUUACCUAUCUUCAUUAUUCAAUACACUAAACUAUAAGUUCAUGCCUUAUCUUUCUAAAGUGAAAGAAAGCAACCAGACUAAGCAUCAGUGUCCAAGCAUCGGUCAAUCUUCGAAUGAAGGCUAAUUAGAUUUCAAAUUGCAGCCUAGAGCACAGGUUGGGGAUGCUUUAAGGAGACUGCAAUGCAGAUGCUUCAAUAGGCUAUAAAAGUUUUGCUGCAGAUUCUGUUUGCACUUGCUACAUGGAAGCAAAUUUGCAUUGCUACUGAGGUGGUUCGUAGCCCAGAUUAUUUGGCCUAUUUGAGGGUAUGAGAUGUUGGCUAAAUUUUUCGAGUCCAUGGAUAUUUCUAUUUGUAUGUUACAGUGUAGGAGGUCAUUGUCAUCACUUAGUACAUUUACAAAGAUUGAACCAAUGGUCCGGAGUUUGACUAAUAGGAGGUUUACUCACGGUCAUGUAGCUCAGAUGAAGUUCAUUUUACCAGAGGUGAUUGAGAAGAUAAAGGAUGAUCUUAUUACAAUAAAUCCCAGUGCAGUUGUGAAUGAAGGAGAUGUAAAAUCAGGCAGUGCUAAUAUAGGGUUGUGGAACAUAUUCCGAAAGCGGCUUUUAGAUUUUUUUGAAGCCCAUCCAGAGGUAUUAACUGUUCUUCUGCCUGUAUAUAUAGUGUUUGGCUGAAUGUAUUUUUGGUACAAAGGCAAUUGGAUAGCCGUGUGUGUAAGUAGUACGGAGUACGUUUUAGGAAAAUCCAUAUGUUGUUGGAACUUACACACACGCUAUCCAUUAACACACGGCUAUCCAUUGGCUGAAUACUCCGUAUAUAGUACUCCGUAGUACAUUUGAGGUUCACACUACUGUUUUGAACAGAAGUUUGUAUGACUAUCAUACUACUUCUCCGAAGACUACUUAAAACAACAAUAUCAGACUACCGAAAAAACAGAGUAGUAUAAU